GUACCCCCAUCCCGCAAUCAGCUGUUGUGUAUACAGACGAAGUCGUCCGUGUGCGUCUGUUCACUCGAAAACCUCUCUCAACAACCAUGGUCGACCAGGCACAACACCGCAUACAAGAGGCUAUGACAACCCUCAUAGAUGACCUUGAUAAGGAGUACCUUCGAGGAAUACAGAGAUCAAUGCAUUUGUGUGCUGCCGAGUGUUGUGAUAGAAAGGAUAGUUCUGUAGAUCAGGUUCAUCGGUGUAUUGAAAGCUGUUCAACUCCACUAACUCAAGCUCAGGGAUUUGUGCAAAAUGAACUUUCACAAUUUCAGGAGCGGCUACAACGCUGCGUAAUGGUCUGCCAGGAUCGUGUUCGGAAUCAAGUGACGGCAGACACUUCAGAAUCACAGGACUCCUCCCAGCGUGGUUCAUCGUUUGCCAUGGCCAACAGUGCAGGGAGUUUCAUGCGGCAGGCAGCUCUAGGGAUAGGAGGGGUUACUGUAUACAAGGCAGAGUUCGAGGGAUGUGCCAUGAAAUGUGUGGAUGACCAUAUCAGCCUGAUGCCAUCCAUAAAGAAGAGAAUUGCUGGAGUUCUCUCGAAAAAUACCUAGACAUUUUUUCUUUUGUUUUUGUUUUUUCUUUCUUUCGUUAACAGGAGAAUAUUGUGGCAAAGGUAGUUGCAAGUCAGGGAAAUCAAGUUUCAAUUCUUCUUUGAAGCUAUCUUAAAAUCUUUUUUCCUCUUGAUAUUUUUUGUAGUUGUUGAUAUAAAUUAACAUUAUCAUUCUCCAUAGUUUUAUUAUGAUAGAAAAUGCAUUAGUAUGGUUUUAUGAUCAUUUAAGAAAUUUUUAAAAUUCUGGUUUACCAUGUGUUGGGAGAGCAGAUUGUUGAUUGCAUUGCAGAUGCAGUGUUGUUGCAAAAUGCUCCAAGACGAGGGUUGAUUUUAUUUCAAACCUGGUAUUGAAAACUGUGUGUAGUAUAUGGGUUUUGACCACCUUUGUUUAGAAAAAUGUAAGAACUUGUUUAAACAAUGAAAAAUAGUACAAGAUUUAUUGGAAUCUGAUAA